AUGGGGCCCCCGGGCAAUUGGGGAUCAUGGGGCCCCUGUGUCCUUGCCCACACUCAAAACACACCCAAAAAAGCCUAUAAAAGGUACCAGGGGCAUCUCAUGGGGCCCCCUACUGACCCUGGGCCCUUGGGCAGUGCCCGAAGUUUCCAAAUGGUCAGUCCGCCCCUGCACCUAUGCGAUCCAAUUUUGCACAUCGCACCGCAUUUUGCAGACCGAUGUGGGGGUGUUGCUAACAUACACAUGCGAUUGUGAUGC